AUGGAAUUAUCGUAUUCAGUCAAUUACAUUCAGCUUCUUAUUGUGAUGACCCUGUUGUACAUUGAAUCCACCCAAUUAACAGAUACACAUCAUCAACAGCAACAGCCGGUACAACAGUAUCCCAUUCGUUUAGCUACAUUUUCAUUGAAAUUUCUUGAGUUUCAUAAUCAUGCUCAUCGUCGUAUCGAUGGAAGUUGUUGUGGACGUCACCGACAAUCAUCAUCAUUAACAGUGACUUCACCGACAUCAUCUUUAAAAGUAUGUCAAGCUGAGUGUGCAUUAGAAUUCCGCAUUUGUAUCGAAUCUUAUACAAUCAGUGUUUCAAUGAAUAGUUUGGAAAGUUAUAAUGGCUCAUGUAUAUACGGGGAAACACGUACUGGUCAUUGGGGGAAUACAGAUAUCACCUAUGCAUUAUUGGAAGCAAGUAUACAUUCGAUUGGAAUUAUACAUCCAUGGCCGCGUCUAUUCACUGUGAUCUUGGAAGCGUAUGAUUUAGUUAGUGGAAAUGAGAAAUAUCUUAUUGAUCGUGCUGUACAUCGUGGUCUAUUGCGUCCAUUAAUUUAUACAAAACAAUCUAAUCCAUUUUUUGAAUGGCAUCAAGUUACUAUCUCUACUCAAUACUCAGGUUAUACAUUUUGUAUGCGAUUAACAUGUGAACCUAAUCAUUAUGGUAAUGAAUGUACAAAAGUUUGUAUGACAAAUGAAAAUCAGACAAGAUUUAAAUGUGAUCCAAAUGGUAAUAAGAUAUGUGAACCCGGUUGGAGUGGUGUGGAGUGUGAUAAAGCGAUAUGUAAUGUUGGAUGUCAUCCAGUACAUGGAAACUGUUCAAGACCUGGUGAAUGCGACUGUGCAACCGGUUGGCAAGGUCCAUUAUGUGAUGAAUGUAUAAAAUAUCCUGGAUGCAAGCAUGGAACAUGUAAUGAUGCUCCGUUCACAUGUCGUUGUCUACCUAACUGGGGUGGACCAUUUUGUGAUCAAGAUCUUGAUUACUGUGGACGACAUCAACCUUGUUUAAAUAAUGGUAUAUGUAAAAAUUUGAAUUCAUCAUUUCCAAAACCAUUCAAUUGUAGUUGUACACACGAUUUUACUGGAGAAUACUGUGAAAUAAAAUUAGCACCAUGUACAAUUAAUCCAUGCAAACGUGGUCAAUGCAUAUCUACAGAUAACAUAACCUAUGAAUGUGAUUGUGAACCAGGAUGGAGAGGUGAUCAUUGUGAAGAGAAUAUUGACUACUGUCUUAUCAAUACUUGUUUAAAUGGUGGAACAUGUCAAGAUUUAGAUGGUCCAGGAUUUCAAUGUUUAUGUCCACCUGGUUUUAAAGGAUCAAAUUGUCAACUACCUUCACCUUGUAGUAAUUCACAAUGUGUUCAUGCAAGAGAAUGUAAACAACUGAUACAACCAGUUGGUGGAAUUGAUUAUGAAUGUAAUUGUCAACCUGGAUGGACAGGACAAUUCUGUGAUGAAAAUAUCAAUGACUGUGUGGAUAAAUGUCAAAAUGGUGGAACAUGUCAUGAUCUUGUUGAUGACUUCUAUUGUACUUGUCCACUUGGAUUUGAAGGUAGAUAUUGUGAAAUCAAUCGUGAAUGUGCUAGUAAACCAUGUGAAAAUAAAGGAAUAUGUCAUGAAAUCCCUGGAGGAUAUUUAUGUGAAUGUCCAAAUGGAUUUAUGGGACAAAAUUGUGAGAUUUCAUUAAAUGGUUGUAAUCCAAACCUUUGUCAAAAUGGUGCUUAUUGUUAUACUUUACCAAUCGGUUUCUACUGUAAAUGUUCUGAGAAAUUUUAUGGUCAAUUCUGUGAACAUCAACGUCCAUAUUGUGGACCAGAUGGAUGUGAUGCUUUAAUGGAUCCUUGUUUAAAUAUGCUAAUUAUGACUAGUUCAAUCGUAUCCUCAUUACCAUCAUCAUCAUCAUUACAGUUGGCGUCGAAAUCAAUUAUCAGUAUGUCAAUGACAACUGCCUCUAUGCCAACAAUGAUUCAUAAUAUAAAUGUUCAUAAUUCUAAUGUAGACAAUAGAGUGUAUAAUACUGAGCUUACUUAUCCCUAUGGUGUAUGCGGUCCAUAUGGUUCAUGUAUUACAACAGAUAAUGGAGAUUACAGUUGUGUUUGUAGUACAGGAUUUCAAGGGAAAUAUUGUCAUCAAUCGAUUAAUUAUUGUGAAAUUAAUCCAUGUAUGCAUAGUGCAAUAUGUGUAAAUGGUUUAGAAAGUUAUGAAUGUAUAUGUGAAGAAGGUUUCAGUGGAAAACAAUGUGAAAAUCCAAUUGACUUAUGUCAACCAAAUCCAUGUCAAAAUGGUGGAUAUUGUCAGCAUACACUACAUCCAGGUGAUUUUCAAUGUCGUUGUGCACCAGGAUGGUCUGGUCAUUGGUGUGAAUUUCAUUCAGAUAAUCCAUGUAAUAUGUCUAAAAUAUGCUUUAAUAAUGGAAAAUGUCAUCAAGAUCAUUUAAGUCCUGGAUUAUUCAGAUGUGAAUGUGAUAAUCAAUGGAUAGGAUCUGUUUGUCAGUUACGUCGACCUGAGUCAAGAGCAUGUGUUCAAGAAAAUCUAUGCAAGAAUGGUGCUACAUGCGUUGACUUGGGUAACAGUUUCAAUUGUAUCUGUCGCCCAGGUUUUGAUGGUCAAUAUUGUGAAAAUGAUAUCAAUGAGUGUAAUUCAAUGCCAUGUUACAAUAAUGGAACAUGUAAAGAUCUCAUUAAUUCAUUCGAGUGUGAUUGCCCGAAAGGUUUCAUUGGAACUGACUGUCGAAUUAACGUGAAUGAAUGUUCUUCUCAUCCAUGUGCAUUUGGUGCCACUUGCAUUGAUCGUGUUGGUACAUAUGAAUGUAUAUGUCCAGAAAGACGUUAUGGUCGACAUUGUGAAGAAGUUAUCAUUGAAACAGAACCAAAACCACCAGCUUGUAACUUUUACGGUCGAAUAUAUGAUCAUAAUGACAGCUGGACGUAUAGUUGUCAACGAUGUCAUUGUAAUACAGGACAAAUCAUCUGUACAGAUGAUUUCUGUGGAUAUUGGUCAUGUUUACAAGCAGCUGGACAGAAUGAUCGUUUUGCUUGUAAAGAUGGUGAAAUAUGUCAUAUCUUAUCAUCUGGGCUAGAAAGUGAAUGUUUUGUACCACCGUGUUAUUUGCGUACAGUUUGUUUAAAUGCUAGUCGAUCAAUUCCAGAACAAUUGAAAAUACUAUUACCAAAUUUUCAUUUUCCAUCAGCAUUACCUGGUUGUCGACCAAAUGGUUUAGUAUUGAAUAAUCAUUGUGCAAGAAUAUUAUUACGUUUUGAAAAACAGCGUAUGUCUUAUGCAAUUACUGUUGGAGAUAUUUGUAAUGCAGUAAAGAGUUUACCAUCAUUAAGAAAAUACCAGCAACAUGGUAGUGGACAAAUCGGAAUUGGAAUAAGUUGUGAUGUCAAAGCUGGAUUUACUGUAGAACAUCAAAGUACAAUAGAGGUAACCCUUAGUUCAUUGAAUGAUCAACUUAAAAUUGGUUCUGAUGGUAAAGAAUACUCAUUUAUACAUGAAAUGGCUAGAAAUUUGUCUAAAGAAGCUGCUGUCAUUACAUCAACUAAUAUAACAUUGAAGAAAAAUAAAUUGAAAUCAGAAAAUCAUCAAAAUGAUAAUUUUCUUUUCACUGAUAAUGAUGAUGAUGACAGUGAUGAGGAUAUACCAUUACCACCAAUGGCUAUGAUGUUAGGAAGUGAUCAAUUAGAUAAAUAUUGGCAUAGAAUUCUUCUUGGUAUAACUGAAAUUCAAGUUGAUACAAUGGUUGUCAAUGAAAAUGAUUUUGGUCCACGUUUAUUAGUGCCUAUAGUAUGUGCUACAAUACUUCUUACUGCUCUUAUAUGCAUCUUUAUAAUAUGUUGUUACUCUCAAAGAAAACGACGUGAACUAUUAAUGAAAUAUGCACCAACAAUGAAACCAAACAAUGAAUCGUCUAAUUUCAUUCAGUAUUUAUCAGAUAGCAACAAUUUAACAACUAACUAUAAUAAUCCAAAUAAACUAAUCAAACAGAUCAGUACUUCAUCUACUAAUCAAAGAUAUAUUUCACAUUUACCUCAAGUAAACAAUGAUUCAUUAUCACAAAUACAAAAAUUUACAUCACCUCAAUUAUUCAAUUCAAGUAGAAGACGGAUAUUACUUCAGAAUGAGAAUAAUUAUAACAUUAAUCAAGGGAUAUGUACAGUUAAUGUGAACAGACUUAACAUGAAUAAAAUAUGA